AAACUUUUAGAAAUCAACCUCAGAAGAUUUUUUAAUAUGGCGUGUACUGUAAAAUUUUCUGUGUAAAUUUUCAUAUGAGGAUAAAAACGAGAGAAAAAGAGUCAUCAUGUAUGCGAACUAUAAAAGUUCGUUGGCAGGAACUGCUACAGCAAUGAAAGGCGUUUUUGCUUUUAAACAGCUCAAACCAAACGUAAAACCUAAAGCCAAAACAAAUUCCAGAAGCCACGCAGGUGGGCGUGUGAUGAUCAGCUACAGCUGGGCUCAAAAAGAAAUCGUACUCAAGAUUCGAGAUGAGCUUGAUGAAGCUGGCAUAAGUCUCUGGUUUGAUGAAGUCAAUAUGGAGGGCUCGACACUGGAAGCGAUGGCAGAAGGAAUUCUAGGUUCUGAUCUAAUACUGAUCUGCAUGUCGGAGAGCUACUUCAACAGUCAGAACUGUCGUUCAGAAGCUGAAUACGCGUACAAGAAAAAAAGGAAAAUAAUCCCGUUAAUAUUGGAACGAGGCUACAAACCUCAGGGGUGGCUGGACUUUCUGAUUGGUUCAGAACUUUAUCUUGACUUCACGCAGGAACCGUUUGAUGAAAAGGCUAAAAAACUGAAGUCGGAUAUAAAAAGUAAACUAAAAAAAAUCUCUUUGGCUCCAUGAAUAAUAAUUGAUCAAGUUAAGCGUUUAAUGCUUCGUCAUUUAUCGACACUGGCGAGUGAAAUUUCGACCACUUCUAACAGACCAAUUCGUUUUAAAUAUGGCACGUGGGUCAAGUCCACAAGUGAGAAUGCAACCGGACAUUAAAUUGACUUAAUUGUAUGCCUGGUUAAUUUAUAUGAUUCAAUUAAAUUUUUUAAUAUAAAGUACUAUUUACCGCGCUAUUGUAAGCACAUGUUUGUGUUCUCUAGCAGUACAUUCAAUCUAUGUUUAUUAAACAAGCUGAUUGUACACUUAGGAGUUUUGUUUGACUUAAUAAUAGAUUAUAAGAUUAUGGUUUGUAAUAUCAAUGUCUUUUAAGUUGAUACGUUUAUGGCAUAACCUUUAUUCCAGAGAUAAUGUACUUAAAAUUAAUUAUUUUUGUAUGACUAAUUUUUGAUGUAACAUGAUAACGUUGAUAUUUUAAAUUGAUUGUUUCUAUUUUACUUAGGUGUUAUAACAUAAAAAU